AUGGACUCUCUUGUUGCAGCAAACACCAAAUUUUGCUUUGAUCUUUUCCAAGAGAUAAGCAAAAAUGAUUAUCAUAAAAACAUCUUUUUCUGCCCUCUGAGCAUCUCGGCUGCCCUUGGUAUGGUCCGUCUGGGAGCUAGAAAUGACAGUGCACAUCAGAUCGAUGAGGUACUACACUUCAAUGAAUUGUCCCAGAAUGAAAGUAAAGAAACUGACCUUUGUCUGAAAAGCAGCAAGCAAAAAGUGCAAUCUGACAGCUCUCUGGAAGGGCAUCAAAAAACAAAAGAGUCUCUGGAUCAGCAGGCUGAGUCCUCAAAUGAUGAGAGUGAACUACUCAGCUGUUACUUUGGACAGCUUCUCUGCAAAUUAGACAGGAUCAAAAGUGAUUAUACCCUGAGUGUGGCCAACAGGCUUUAUGGAGAGCAGGAAUUCCAAAUCUGUCCGGAAUACCUAGACAGUGUAAUUCAAUUCUACCACACAACGAUUGAAAGUGUUGAUUUUCGGAAAGACACUGAGAGGUCCAGACAAAAGAUUAACUUCUGGGUUGAAUCUCAAUCCCAAGGUAAAAUCAAAGAACUCUUCAGCAAGGACACAAUUGAUAAUACAGUUGUGCUGGUACUAGCAAAUGCUGUUUACUUCAAGGCCAAUUGGGAAAAAUAUUUUGAUUGUGAAAACACAGUCGAUGCACCUUUCUUUCUAAAUGAGAAUGAAAAGACAAAUGUGAAGAUGAUGUCUCAACAAGGUCUCUACAGAAUUGGAUUCAUAGAGGAGGUGAAGGCGCAGAUCCUUGAAAUGAGAUAUACCAAGGGGAGGCUCAGCAUGUUCGUUCUGCUGCCGACUUUCUCUGAAGAUAACCUGAAGGGUCUGGAAGAGCUCGAAAGGAACAUCACCUAUGACAAAAUAAUGGCCUGGAGCAGCUCAGAAAACAUGUCAGAAGAAACAAUAGCUCUCUCCUUCCCCCAGUUCACCCUGGAAGACAGCUACAACCUCAAUUCAGUUCUACAAACCAUGGGCAUUACGGACAUCUUUGAUGAAAGGAGGGCUGAUCUGACUGGAAUUUCUCCAGAUCCUAAUUUUUAUGUGUCAAAAAUUGUCCACAAGACUUUUGUGGAGGUAGAUGAAAAUGGCACACAGGCAGCUGCAGCCAGCGGGGUUGUUGGUGUGACAAAGUCAUUGCCAUCCUUGGUUGAGUUCAAUGCCAACCACCCUUUUCUCUUUUUCAUAAGACACAACAAAACCCACAGCAUUCUCUUCUACGGCAGGAUCUACUCUCCUUGAAAGGGAUACACUGUCUAGUACUUAGGAGCUGGCGGAAAGUGGCAAUAUGAUCUUCCCCUUCGUAACGUGGGCACUUGUGUUCUGCUGAUGUCUAAAGC